AUGUUGAAACUACUUACCGUCUUGGUUCUCAUCGCGAUGUUCUCAGUUGACGUGAAUAGUCAAUAUAUAUUGCCUACAUAUCGUCCUCCACCACGCAGACCUAUUAUUAUUAGAACCGUACGUGACGUAGACCGAGAACAACCCAAAUGGUUAUACGAAGGUGACGUACCUCGGGCACCAGCGACAGGGGAACAUCCCGUGCUGCCACCAUACAUAGAUGACAUCAAGAUGGACCCAAACAGAAGAUAUGCACGUAGUCUUGACUCUCCCAGCGCUAAACGUUAUGGUGGAGGUGGAAGUACCUCGUCAAGAAGCAGGAACACUGGAGCAACUCAUCCGGGAUACAACCGUCGCAACGCCAGGAGUUUACACCGUACAUUUCCGUCUGAACGGCCCUUCAGUCCUUACCCAAGACCGCCACCGACGCCUAGGCCCCGCUAUCCAAUUUAUGUGGCUUAA